AUCGGAACGAGGGUGCCGGCGACCGAAACAGUGGUGGGCAGUUCCGCAUUGCGCGUCGUUAAGAUGGAGGGAGAGCUGCGGGGCUGUGUGAAUACGUUGACGGCUUUCGAGAGAAAUGCGGUGGUUGCAGCUGUGUCGGCAGUCGCCAUGCGAUAUCGCAUACAGAGAACGACCGCUCGCCUGAAGAUGAGGUUGUCCAUUCGCAGGCAGCGUCAGCUCAUGGCGCCCAACUGUGUGUCGUUAUCAGAAUCCAUUGUGCAAUUUUGUUGCGCCAUGGCGUCCGGUGUGAUCCCGCGGGCGACUCCAAGGUGGUGGAUGAGGAGAAGGACGGGAGGGACAUGGGAGGAUCUCCGGAAGAUGGACGACACGGCGGACGGGUACUAUAAGGAGAAGCUGAGGAUGUCCCCUAGGGUGUUCCGGGAGAUCGUGGAGGCGUUGUCCCCUCAUCUGCAGCGGAGGGUGACAUUCUACAGGGUGCCUUUGAUGCCAGACCACAUCAUCGCGUACGCGCUUUAUCGUUGGGCGAGCAGGGAGAUGUACGAGAGCAACACAUCGCCAUUCAGCAUAGGACGCACAUCAGGCUUGAUUGCGGUGGAGGACGUGAAGGCGUUGCCGAUGGGGGGUUAAACCACCACUACCUCCAACCCUGUUUUUGCCGAGCCUGACUUUCACAGCGCACCGAGUUUUGCCGAGCCGGGGCAGUUUCAGCCAAGAAGGAACAAGGGGGAAAAGAAAAAGAAGAAAAAGAAAAAAAACAAACAUCCCGAAUGCCUCGAUAACGGCCAGAUACAUUCUAUGAGGUGCUCGUGUGACUGUGCCCUCAGUGAGGGCGUGUAGGGGACACACAAAGGAAAAUAAAACAAAACAAAAAAAGCUCCCUUAUGCUGCAAUUAAGGGCGGAUACAGAUGCUACAGCAUUGAGACAGUUAUGUGCCACCCGUGAAAUACGCCCUGCCUGGCUGGCAGGGCACUAAAACGACAUGGGAACAAAAUCAAAACAAAACA